AUGGCUAGUAGCACUCCCUACCUCUGGGCCAGCUGCACCCUUCUCGUAGCCCACAUCCUCUGGCGGAAGCUCCUCUGGCACAGGCGUUCAAAAGGGUACAAGCUACCACCUAGUCCUCGGCGGGGAUACCCUCUCCUGGGUCAUGCUUUGGAUGUCCCAAGAAGCAAUGAACAUGUCGUUUUCAGGGAGUGGUCGAAGGAACUCGGAAGGGACAUCUUCUACCUCGACGCUGCUGGAACGCCCAUAGUGGUGGUGAACACCAUCGAGCUAGCAACCGAGAUGCUAGAAAAGCGAUCUCGGAUUUACUCAAGCAGACCAGGCUCCAUAAUGAUGAACGACCUGAUGGGCUGGGGAUGGGUCAUCUCCAACCUUCCAUACGGGGAGAAAUGGAAAGAACGACGCAAGCUGUUCCAGCGGCAUUUCUCUCCCGCCAACAAAGCCUCCCACCAAUUCUGCGAGCAAGAGCACAUUUCAAAACUGUUGGUCAAACUCCUCGACUCGCCCGAUGGAUUUAUGGGCCAUACCCGACACAUGGUCGGGGGGAUCGCAUACUCGAUCGCCUACGGGUUGUCAGUCCAACCCAAUAACGACCCAUACAUCCAGCUCGCAGAAGCAGCAAUCAAAAGCGCGGUUGAAGCAGCCGUUCCAGGUGCUUUCCUCGUCGAUUUCGUACCAGCGCUGCGAUACGUCCCUGAAUGGGUGCCUGGGGCCGGCUUCAAGAAGAAAGCGCGUGAAUGGAAGAGGUUGAAUAACAAGAUGAGGAACAAGCCUUUUGAAGAGGCCGAAGCUCAGAUCAACGAGGGAAUCGCUCGACCCUCUUUCAUUCGAAAGGCUCUAGAGGACUUGGAUACAUCGGGAAACGUCGCCCACCAGCGAGAGGUCAUUCAAGACACAGCUGGGAUGGUUUUCGCCGCGGCUGCGGAUACGACCACCUCAGCUCUCUGCACCUUCUUCCUCGCAAUGAUGUGCUACCCCAAAGUCCAGAAACGUGCCCAAGAAGAGCUGGAUCGCGUUCUCGGGAUAGGGACUUUACCCCAAUCCGAAGACGAGAACAGACUUCCGUACAUCAACGCGAUCGUGAAAGAAGUCCUUCGCUUGAUUUUUGAGUAUCAUGAGGCUGAAGUACCCGAAUCGAAUGGCGCAGGUGUCCCUCACUUGUCCUCAGAAGACGACAUUUUCAACGACUAUUUCAUCCCACAGGGUACCAUCAUCAUCGCAAAUACAUGGGCAAUGCUCCACAACGAGCACGAAUACCCCAACCCCGAAGAGUUCAUCCCAGAACGGUUCCUAGGUUCUAACCCAGCUCGAGACCCAUCAUCCAUCGCAUUCGGAUUCGGACGAAGACAAUGCCCAGGAGCGCAUAUAGGCCAAUCCACACUCUGGUUAACGGCUGCUUCCGUUCUCAGUCUAUUCGAUAUAUCGAAGCCUGUUGGCCCAGACGGAGCAGUAGCUGAGACGACUGUGGAAUAUGAUGGCGGUGUUAUCGUACAUCCAAAACCUUUCGAAUGCAAUAUCACUCCGAGAUCUUUGGUUGCUGUAAAAACGAUUCGAUCACUCUGUACAUGA